AGGUUUUCAUCCUUCAUGGUUGCGCGGUUGUCAUGCAGCCCCCUGCAUGCUGCAGGCGUUCUAAAAGCGGCCCUUAAAUGCGUGGUUGACGCGUGUGCUGACUGCUUUUUUCAUUUUGAUAGCCAAGUUUGUCACGUAGAACCAUCUCAACGACAUGCAGACUAUCAAGGUUGUAGUGGUGGGGGACGGUGCUGUAGGCAAGACUUGUUUGUUGAUCUCAUACACCACGAACAAAUUUCCAAGCGACUAUGUUCCGACUGUCUUUGAUAACUACGCUGUCACCGUAAUGAUUGGUGAAGAUCCUUACACGCUAGGUCUUUUCGACACCGCCGGGCAAGAGGAUUAUGACCGUCUCCGGCCACUGUCAUACCCCCAAACCGACGUCUUCCUUGUUUGCUUUAGUGUAACGUCACCUCCAUCCUUCGAGAACGUGAGGGAGAAAUGGAUUCCAGAGGUGCACCACCAUUGUCCGGGUGUCCCAUGUCUUAUCGUUGGGACGCAAAUCGACUUGCGGGACGAUGCUCAGGUGAUCGAGAAGCUCUCCAGGCAGAAGCAACGACCGGUGCCGACCGAGCACGGCGAGAGGCUUUCGAGAGAGCUUGGUGCUGUCAAGUAUGUGGAGUGCUCAGCCCUGACACAGAAAGGGUUGAAGAACGUCUUCGACGAGGCUAUUGUCGCUGCACUAGAGCCACCCGUGGUUAAGAAGACACAUAAAUGCGUCGUCGUUUAAUGAAUGAUCCAUCACGACGGUACAGCUUGUUCUAUCUUCUUAUGACUCCUUUACGCCUUGUUCUGCCUCAUAUAUCCUUCUCAUCUUUUUUAUGUCGUUUCCCUCGUUGCGCCAAGACAUCAUGAUUUUCCCCAGUCCUGUAGCAUCUGUUCUCUUCCGCACGAGCUGAGUGGAUCUUGAGGCUAUGCUCGUGCUCUCAGAGAAGCUGAUCUCAUCCGUCUUUCUCA